CCACGUGCAUCCUUCCCCGCCUCUCCCGCAUUUACUGCCUCUCCUCGACAGACUCGCCCCUUCCACCUCUGCCCAUCCUGUUCUUCCUCCGGCGUCUCCCUGCGGCUCGCCUCUUCCGGCUCUCCUCCUCUCGCCCUCUCAAGCGCUCCAUGUCCUCCACUCCCCACGCCAUCUGGCUCGACGCCGAUCCCGGACACGACGAUGCGCUAGCCCUGCUCCUCGCGCUACACUCUCCCGCCCUCAGGCUGCUCGGCGUCAGCUCCGUCAGCGGCAAUGCUGCCGGCCUCUCCACCUGGCACAACGCCGCCAAGCUGCUCGCGGCGUUUGGUGCGAGCGCAGAGCAGGUGCCGCUGCUACGAGGAUGCGAUGUGCCGCUUAUGCGCACGCCAAAGGCGGCACCGAGCAUUCAUGGAGAAGACGGACUGGGCGGCGUCAAGGGCCUGCCAGAGCUCUCCUCUCCCUCCGUGCAGUCACAUCUUAAGCGCACGUCCGACGGUCCGGCACCGUUGGCGCUCGUCUCUCAUCUUACUUCCCUGCUCCGCACGCGCGUCGAGGCGGGCGAAGAGCCGCUGAGCAUUGUGGCCACUGGUCCGAUGACCAACAUUGCCCUGCUGCUGAGGAUGGCGCCGUCCGAGCUGCUGCUCAAGGGAGUCAAGCAGAUCGUGCUCAUGGGCGGCAACCCCGGCGUCAGCGGCAAUAUCUCGCCGGCCGCUGAGUUCAACUUCCUCGUCGAUCCAGAGGCUGCACGCAUCGUGUGUGACUCUCCUCUGCCGGUGAUCAUGGCCGGGUUGAAUGUGACGCAUCAAGCCAUCUGGACUCGGCCUCUACACGCGCAGCUCCUCUCACUGGGCGCGAGUCCAGUACGCGACGUAGUCUCGAGCGCCAUGGAGUUCUUCGCCGCCGCGUACGCCUCUCAGAUGGGCUUCGCCUCUGGGCCUCCCGUGCACGACUUUCUCUGCGUCGCCUAUCUCCUCGACGCCUCUCUCUUCGCCCCUCCCACACCCAGCGCUGCGAAUGGGCAAGCAGACGAGGAGGCGAAGAGAUACCGGGUGGAGGUGCAGACAAGCGAGGGCCACAACCUGGGAGCGACCGUCGUGGCGUUCCAUGACCAGUGGCCCAUCGAACACGAGGGAUGGGCGGCUGGCGGCAGAAACGUCCGCGUGCUGGAGCACCUCGACACCGAGCGUCUCUGGCCGCUUCUCUUCGCCGCAAUUGAACGUGCCGAGGCACGUGUCGCAAGCAACGUCUCCUCAUAGACGCGUCGGACAGCAAGCAAUCACCUAAUAGUAACUUUAUUACUCCGGCAUUCGCCCACCUCAUGCGCCCUGAGCAGCCGCACGAGCGCGAUUGAACGCCUCCUCUUCGUCCUCCAUCUCUUCCUCCAGCAGCAAGGGCGCCUCGGGCACCGCAUCGCUCUCCUCGCCCUCGUCUGAGCGCUCCUGACUCUCCGCUCUCCGCUUCGCCU